UUUGCUCUCUGAGAGGCUAUAGUAAAAGUGCAGAGGUGGAGGCUGUUAGUUCCCCCAGGAUAAUAAUCCAUUGUUUUACUGUGAUUCCUGUAAGAGGAAAGUGAAUAGCAGAAGGACUAGAAAAGCAAGAUGUGUCUGAUUUCCCCAUAUUGCACUUUCCUUUCUACACGCAUUCUCCUUACUCCCCCUGGAACCAGGUUUCAUGUUCCCACACACAAGGCUUAGUCAUUUAGAAGAAAAUUAGAUCAAAUGCAUUUUAAUUUAUAAUUUGAGAAGUGAAAUGAUUAGGGAAAAGAAGCCAAUUUAUUAGAAAACAGGUUUGUCCUUUAAAAUAUUGCAGAAGUGAAGUACAAAGGUUCACACAGCAGAUUGGUUUUCUGUAUCUCAGAGGCAGCAUAAGUACAACCUAUGAUGUAAAUGUUACUAUAGUAACUCGUGUUUUUAUUUAAGAGCCCAGUAAAUUGACAUAUCAAACCCAUAGAACUUGUAAGAAUGUAAGUUAAACCGCAGAGCCUGAUGGUUGAAAGAACAUCUUUCUUGGCUGAACUUUUUUUUUCUGCAAUUUUCCCCCCGAAUGCACUGAGCGUUUUCUUGCAGCCAAAUUGCAAUUUGGCACUCAGGAAGCAGGCUUUGCUAAUAGUCACAGCACUAAUUACCUGGGACCUCACAUGCAGCCUUUCCUCUCAAAAGGGCGAAAGUUUCCAUCUAGUUUAAUGUCCUCUAGACUUCUCCUUCUGCCUCCCCCAAAAGCUUCACAGCUAGAGCUGUCCAACUGUAAAACAAAUUAGGACUAUAUUAUGAACUAUAAUGUAUUCCUUCCUCCUGAUGGAGCUGCACAGCAGAGUCCCUUGAGAAGCCGGCUGCACUCAGUGCUGCUCUGCUCUCCUCUUCCCAUUUGCUGCAGCCACUGCUCCUCACCCAGUGCUGGCCAGGCCUAUGUCAGAGCUCACUGUCCCCUGAGACUUCAGUGCUGCUCUAUCCAAUCUGCAUUGUGUGCUUUCAUUAUGAGGUAAUUACUGUCUUGAAUAAACUAAGAACCGUGCCUCGUGAAUGUCAAGGAUAUAUUCUGCUCUUUGUGCUUGCUUUUUCCAUUUUGAAAUCUUCCUUAUGUUUGCCAGCAUAAACUCGUGUUAGUUUGUCUGGAAAAUGAGCAAGUGUGGGUCCUUGCUAUGCAAUCUGUAGGUAUGUAUCUUGUGUUGGACAAGGACUGCUUUGUGGUUAUAUUGCUUGCAUGUUGAGGGCUGAUUGCUGGGAGGAAGGCCAUGUUGUGCCAUUUGAUGGAGCUUGGUUCCUAAAAGAUCACACCCAGAAGCAUUCUGGGGACUUGACAAGCUCACCUGGCUCUUGCAGGGGUUGGGGUGCAGCCCCACCUGUCAGCUCCACUUUCUGAGCAGGGGGUUGGUGUUCUUCAGGCUUUAAAGAUGUGGGAUAUGUCUUGCAGGGUUUCAGUCUGCUGGAAGGGUGGCAUUUGGGAAGGAGAUGUGAGGGGAAUGCGCCUCUCAGAUGUGCUUUUGGAAUGGCUGCCAGGAGGAGCUGAGCUCCCAGGCAGCUGAAGGCAGAGUGCUAGCAGGUGGCUGCAAAGCUCAGAGCCAGGAAGGAGGAGCUGCCUGGCUCCUAAAUGGGAACAACUAGCUUAAAGCUGAGGAAGAGAACUGUAAUACAGCAUGAGAUGAUCACCUGGGGAGCAAGGGCAUCAGCUGGAGGAUCUGGCCAGGGCAGCCAGGAGCAGGGGGUAAGGCUGUUACAGCUUGGGACAGGGCAGGGGGAGACUGCAAGCUGAGCUUACAUCCUGUAAGCUGGUGCUGUAGGAAAAAGCAAAAGCAAAAUGCAGCACACUGAAGAUGUGGCUCUGUCUCCUUGAUAACCUCCAUGCCGGUAUUGGUGCAUUGAUGCCUCCAGAAGAUGGCAUUUCUCCCACAAGAAUAGCUGUAAUCUGUAAGUAGUUUUAGUAUUCUUUGUAUCGUUGCUUCAGAUGGACUUACCUCAUACACUGGGAGGCAGUUAACAGAAGUAACACAAAAGCUUAAAAGCACCAGAAAACAAAAAUCUAGAAACCUGAUGUGUCUGUUGGUUUGAAUUAUUAAUGUGUGGAAGAAAAGCAUGAUGUGAAAGUGGGCAAUUUGUUGUGUAUGAAUCAAACUUUUUAAGACUUCUCUCAUUAAUAAUUUCCAAAGUAUUUCUUAUCCUCAGACACCAGUUUUGUGUAAUUUCUGUCUAUAUGACUCACUGAAUUACUUCAUCCCCUGUCACUAUUUUCUUGUCUCAAAAGCUUCCAUAGAAGAUGGCAAUAGCAGUUUAUGCCGUAAUCCGCAUCGAUUUAGGUCUUUAUAGAAGGAAUGAAGCAUUGGAAUGAAGAGAUUUUUUGUGAGUAUCUACAAUAUGCCAUAGAGCACCAGCAUCCUGAAGGCAAUUCUUACAUUAGCUUGGCAGUGAUUUCUUCCCUUUGCUUCUGUAUAUUUCCAUCAGGUGUUCAGUAACACCCCUAGGUUCACUACAGACUGCAGCAGCAGCCCUGGGCUCCACCAGCCAUGGUAUGAAUACUGGUGCUAUGGGAAUGGUAGUGAAGAGCCUAGAGAGUCAGGUCAAAGCUCUGUUGAAUAUUAGCCUAUCUGUUUCUUAAGGUUUUCAAUUGUUUCUUGGUAUCAUUUUGUUGUUUCUUGUUUGCUUUUGGGGAUGAGGACCAUCCACUGACAGUGAAUUCAUGGAGUAUCUAAAACAUGAAUUUUACUCGAAGUUUUAUGGUUAAUGGAACUUCUGCAGAGUGAGGCAGUUGCCCAUUAACAUUCAGUUUAACCCAAAGAGAGAACUCGGUAACUAUUUGUCAAUAAACUACAUGGAUCUGCUUCUCACAGUAGGAUUAAUACCCUUUUAGGUUCUUGUGCAAUGUGUCAGAGAUGGAGAUGCAUUUUAUUAUUUCCUGCAAAGACGUGUGAAUGCUGCUUCUCUAUUUCUUGUAGGCAUCUGGAUUCUGAGAUACAUUCUCUGCUGACAGGGGCAGUUCGCUAUCCAAAGAUAAGCCUGUCUUAUCCUGCCAUCACGUGAGAUAAAGAUACAUGUUUUAUCGAUUAUUUUUUAAAAAGAGAUCAAUUCAUACUACACAGAGUCAUUAAAAAGCUCUCUUAAUGCUGGCAUGAAAUGUCUGAGAGUGAGUCUGGGCUCUGAGAUGGCUGCUUUACUGCCAGCAUCUCUGCUGUUAGCUGCUGGGGUUCAUUCCUGUGUGCCUCUGAGGCCAGUCACUGUCAGUUGGGUUCAGACAGCACACUGUGAAGGAUCCCAUCCUGGGAGGGAGCACCGGUGCUCAGGUGACUGCAGUUGUUUCUCAGGUUCAAAGCAGCCUUCUUGUCCUAGAAUCAAAUAAUCAGUGGGAACAUCUGAAUAACAGGGUGGAGUUAUUCUGCUCUAAAGUAGAAUGGUGUCUCUUGGACUACCAUUCCUAAAUUAAUGUUGUUAUUUUUGCAUUGGUCUGGAGAAGAAAUUUCCAGUGAAGGAGGAGCAUUGAUUAUCUGCUUGUGUUUUAUCAUGCUGUGUCCACUAAAGUCUAUCCAACUAUCCUUUCUUCUGGUUACAGUACAACAUUAUUAUUAUUGUUAUUUUAAACUAAAAGCUUAGUUUGUUAAUAUAGUUAAUGCCAAUUUACUGUAUCAGUCGAAGGACAGGUCUGUAAUAUCUAUACAGCUGUGUGGAUGAAUCUUUCAGGGGGAGGGAAUGCUUUUUGUUCAGAGUAUGUUGAAUCAUUGCCUCCUGCAAUUUUAAAUGUGCGCUGAGUGUUGUGGAGAGCAUUUCUGCACCUAUUCAAAAAGUGAAGUCUAAUGCUGUUUGUGAUCUUAAUGGAGCAGCAAUGUUUUGGUUGGCUGAUGAGACUGGAUGCUUGUGAGGAGGUGCAGAGAGAUUAAAUGCAAAAGACCCUUGCAGCAGCAGUGAGUUAUUGAUAACAUCUCCUUAUGGAGGCUGCACUCAUCUUGGCAUUAACUUAAUAACAAAACCAGACUUUUCACUUCUAGGAGUCAUUAAAUCAUUAAGAACAACUUCAGAUCCACACACAUGAUAUGCUUUUACAUAGUACAGCAGUAUUUGAUUUUCUGUAGUGGUUCCACAGUCAGUCUCUUUCACCUGUUCAAAUACAAGUUGGUUAAUCUGGCAGGAAUGUUAAUAUGUUGGAUAAAUUAGAAGGGGGGAGAAAGAAAUAGAGGCCAAAACCCAUGCAAUAAACCCAGAGGGUGCUUAAGCCUGACAAAUGUAACCUGGUAGAACUGAAGCUGAAUGUCUAUCACUUUUUCUAGCUCUUUCAGAAGCACGCUUGCUCCAUUUGCCCAAAGUUGCUAGGAUUCGGUGUGUUCCAGGUUGCUGCAUCUUUAUUCAGAACUGUGCCCUCAGAAAAGGGUUAUGUUUAGAUUUCUGUUGGCACUGUCGGGGGAGAUGGCUGGAGCAUUUUGCCUCAGCAGAGCAGGAAAACACAUCUUAUUUGUACUUGUUGGUUGUUUUUUUUCCCUUACUCUUGAGCAGAAAGCUUGCAGGUUUUUCUACAAAUUUAGAAGAGUCUCAGUUGCUGGACUCAGCAAGACUGGUAUUGCAGUGGGUAUCUGUAUGUGAGACUGCCAGAGAUCACAAUCAUUUUCUUGUUGUGAGAGGUCAGGGUACUAUCACUGAAUGCAAUGACAGUCCAGUGUGACUGGUGGAAGGGAAGGGAUGGCUUUAAUCCUUCAUUAUUUAAAUUAAUAAAUAAACCUCCAAGGCUAUGUAACAUUAAGUGGUUUUAUUCUCUCUGAAGCUUUACCUGCAGUUACUUGUGUCUUGUUCUCAGUCACAUAGGUCCCUGCAGUUUUCUCAUGUGUUUUGCAAAAGCACUUGGAACUUGGUAUUUCACAGUGUUUUGUUGAUCAGUGUGUAACUCUUCAAAAGGCUUCUGGACCUUUGUUGGUUUCACAGUAGUUCAAAAAAGAAAAUCUGAGGUAAAAGGUGGGGGCUGGGAGAAAAUAAGUUUAAUUGUUGUUUUCAUUUUUGCUUUUAUUUAUGGAAAAGACUUUGUCCUAAGCAAGCUGGGGAGGAGUGGUCAACAUUAAAUCAUAGAUGGGUUGGGCUGGAAGGGACCUUUUAAAGAUCAUCUGUGUCUAGUCCAACCCCUGCUACAGGCUGGGUCAUCUUCUAUAAAGUAUUCAAAUAGACGGAAAGGGAUUUAAAGCCAAUAGGCCCUCUGUCAGCAGUUCACAGGUCGAUGGAGUGUAGGUGGGGUUGUUGUUCAGGUUACGCCUGGCAUCUAAAAUUCAUUAGUAUUUUCAGUAAGUACCUGAAUAGUUGAAAAGUGCAUGUAUAUUAUUACUCUUUGGAUAACAAAAUUCUAGGUACAGUUGCAAACACUUUAAAGAACAGGAUUAGGAUUUGAAGUGAUUGUGACAAAUUGCUGAAAUGGUCUGAAAUCAAUAAUAAAUAAUAAAUAAAGACACCUGCAAGAUAUUUAAAGUAAUUAACUGCACAAGCAGAAGCUCUGCAGAAAGGAUGUGAGGGUUAGGGAGAUGGGCAAACCAAGGCUGAGUCACCAGAACUGCACAGCUGGGAGGGGAAAAAAGCAAACUCUGCAUGGGAUGUGCGACAGGAUUGUCUUGUGCAGAAGUGAGGUGAUCCUUCCCCUCCAAAUAGCAAUGGCUAAGAUGUCAGCUGGAGUACUGCCUGCAGCUUUGGGCAUCCCUCUUUAGGAGCAGGUCUGAAGGAGGGAGGUCUGUGAGCCCUAGCUGGUGUCCAGAGAAGGUGGUACGUGAUGUUGUUUUGCAUCUGCCAUCAGCUCUUUUCUCAGACAGCUCCUUAUUCACGUGGACGGUGAAGUGCUGGAGGGACAAAUGGGAUUUACUCCACUCUUAAAAAGUCAGUGAGCAGGUAAUGGAUGCAAACAGUACAGCAGAACUUUGAGUUCAGCUCUCAAGGAAGUCUCACUGGUAACAAAGAAAUCUGAGACUAAAAUAGUCUGUCUAGCUUAUUUUAUCUACUUUUCUUUUUCUUGGAGGCACAAAGCUGAAUAAUCAUUCUUUUCUUAAACUUAUUAAACUCUCACUUACACUGUUUCUUUUUUUUUUUGUCCUGUUUUCCUAUUGGAGGUUGUUCCAAAAAUGAGUUUUCUUCUACUGGCCGUGACUCAGAUCUUAAUAAAUGUUUUUGUGGUGGGCUUAAGCCUGCCUGGUUUUGUGGCAAUAUUGUCCUGUGCUUUAAAUGGUUGCUAAUUCCUUCUCCUUGGGAUUUACUCCCCAGCUGCUCACCAGGCUCCUGUUAUUUUGUCUGUACGUCUUAGAAAUCAGAUGUUACCAUGCUUCUGUAUGAAAGAGGAGAGCAUUAUAGAUUCGUUCUUAACUAUUGCUGUGCUGCUGCUUUACAAAUGGGGUUAAAAAGCAGCACCUGGGACUUGCAAUUUCACUGCUAAUUCUUUGUAAUUCUGUUUCCAUAUCUGAGCAUUCUCUGUCCCACAGCUUUAUUAUGUUACCUUUAGCUUCCUUUCCCUCCUGCUACUAAUGCUACAGUCAACAUUGCUAUCUUUAUGGCCAACGAAGGAGAUUCUGUAUCUAACGCGGGGUUAUAGCAAGUUUGCAAUCUCUGCAGUUGCAGUUUGCUGUAAGGAGGCUAUCUCCAGUCAGUUUGCUGUAAGGAGGCUAUCUCCAGUCAGUUUGCUGUAAGGAGGCUAUCUCCAGUCCGGGAUCUAAUCUCUCCUCGAGCUGUUUGCUGUAUUUCUUCCAAGCUUCCUUCGGUUGGCUUUCUCGCUGUAGCUUUACUGACUUCUGGCACGGACUCCCGUCAGAACCUCUUGGUGCAUAUUCGGAUCUGAUACUGGGAGAAUUUCUCCUCCGAAGAACCGCCCGGGGUGGGGGGUCACCGUCCGUGGGGCUGCGAUGUGGCGCUGAGGCACCGCGAGGGCGGGACGGCGCUAAGUAGGUCAGCGGGGCCGGGAGCGCCGCCCGGCCGCCUGCGCGUCCCCCUCGCUCGCUUCAGGAUUCAACUUUCUCCUCAGCCCCUCGCCGAGCCCGGAGAAAUUCAGUUUAAACACGUAGCGAACACCCCAAUGCGAGGCUCUCCGUGCCUCAGGAGGGGCGGGGCGGGGCGGGGGAGGCUCGGGCAGCGGGCGGAGCGGCCGGCCCGGACUGACUUCCAGCGCUGAGGGAGCGGAGCGGGGCUGUGAGCGUAACGACUGGCCGUGUGGUGAUCGCGGAGCGGGGCUGUGAGCGUAACCGUUGGUGCGGCGGUGGCGGAGCGGCGGCUGAGCCGUGCGGGCGGGUCGGGCGGGAGGCGCGCCGCUGUGAGGGAGCGGGCGGGUCGUGAGGGAGCGGGCGGCUCCCGUCUGGACCAGCUCUUCAAAACAAGAUGUGUCAUCAAAUCAUUCUGACCAUGUCUGUGCUCUUGGGCUUUCUUCACAUGGCAGCUGCCCAGUGUAUGGUCCAUGAGAUUCAUCCCAGGAGAUUUACAGUACCAUGCCUGCUGUUAAAUGACACAUCUUUGAUUCCUUCUGCUGCUGGAGAUGUACAGAACUGGUCUGCUUUGAGGAGAGAGUAUGGAGCUGCUGAAACCAACCCUUCCUUGCUAAUGGAUGAGGAAAGUUUUCUGUGUUGCCAUUGGAGCAAUAACAACACCAAUUGUUCUUUGUACGGAGGAAACAUGCAAGCAAGGAUGCUUAUUCCUUCAGAAAUAAGCAUCUUUGCAUCUGAGGAAAGAGAUUCAAAUUGGAACAUUGAAUGUUGGGUUGAAGGCAAGCUGGAUCUGUUAGUUUGUGGCCUGCAGUUCCUGAAGUUUCACAUGAGACUUGAUAUGAAGGUUCAUCUUUUAUAUGCUGUGUCAGAGCUGUCACUGGGAGAUGCAUCUACCAGCUCCCUGAAGAGGACUGCCCUGGCUGCUCAGUGUAACUGCAGUGAGUACAGCAAAUGUGAGUGCCAUGUGCCUUCCCCAAGGCUCAACCACACUUACAUCAUGUGGCUGAAGACUGUGAGUGGUGUAACACCUCUUUGGUCACCCUUGAUGUCGGUCAAGCCCAUAGACAUAGUAAAGCCUGAACCUCCUUUGAAUGUGCAUCUAGAAAUGACUGAGAGAGGUCAAGUGAAGAUCUGCUGGUCUGAGCCUGUACUGAUGCCGUACCCGCUCCAGUAUGAAGUGAACAUCUCUGGAAAUUCAGGUCAAAAUGACUGGCAGGUGGUUCAAGUUGCUUUAAGUACCUCAUUAGACAUAGACAGUAUGCUGCUUGAUUCUUCCUCCUUUGCUCAAGUGCGGUGCAAGAAUCAUUAUGGUCCGGGGUUCUGGAGUGAAUGGAGCACACUAUAUAAUCUGAAUGUGGGAGCUGAGGUGCUGUACUUCCCUACUAAGAUACUGACCAGUGUUGGUUCUAAUGCUUCAUUUCAUUGCAUCUAUAAAAACAAAACCAAGAGCGUAGCGUCCAAGAAGAUUGUUUGGUGGCUGAAUUUAGCAGAAGAAAUCCCAGAAAGUCAGUAUACGCUUGUGAACGAUCGCGUAAGCAAAGUUACUCUUUUCAACUUGAAAGCAACAAAACCUAGAGGAAGUUUCUUCUAUAACGCAUUGUACUGUUGCCAUCAAAAUAGGGAAUGUCAUCAUAGAUACGCUGAAUUAUAUGUAGUAGAUGUGAAUAUCAAUAUCAAAUGUGAAACUGAUGGGUACUUAACUAAAAUGACUUGCAGAUGGUCUGCAAACCCAAACGCGUUGCUCUUGGGGAGCUCCUUGCAGUUAAGAUACCACAGGAGCAAAAUUUAUUGUUCUAACUUUCCAAGUACUCCUCCAGAAUCAGAGGUGAAAGAAUGCCAUUUCCAGAGGAAUCAUUCUUACGAGUGCACAUUUCAGCCUGUUUUUCUUUUAUCUGGGUAUACCAUGUGGAUUGAGUUUAAGCACUUGCUGGGAACACUUGAAUCCUCACCAACUUGUGUCGUUCCAGCAGAUGUGGUGAAGCCACUUCCUCCCUCCAACAUUAAAGCAGAGAUCACCAAAAAUGAUGGGCUGCUGAAUGUGAGCUGGGCAAACCCUGUGUUUACAAACAAUGAUCUCAAGUUUCAGAUCCGGUAUGCAGUGAACAAGGAAGAACUCACAUGGGAGCUGUAUGACGUUCUAAGUGCAUCAACAAGAUCAGCUGUGAUAGAAGUGCAACUUUGUGUUGAAUAUAUUGUUCAGAUCCGCUGCAGAGCCCUGGAUGGUUUGGGCUACUGGAGCAACUGGAGCAGAUCAGCCUAUGCAGCUGUCAAAGAUAUCCAAGCUCCCUUACAUGGCCCUGAGUUUUGGAGAACUAUUACUGAAGAUCCAGCAAUGGGGCAGACAAACGUUACGCUCCUGUGGCAGCCACUGAUGAAGAAUCACUCACUGUGCAGUGUGAGCCGGUACGUUAUAAAGCAUCAGACAUCAGAAAACACCUCGUGGUCAGAAUAUGUCGACAAAGGCACCACCUGCUCGUUUCCAUGGACUGAACACACACACACCAUUACAAUCUUAGCUGUGAAUUCAAUUGGAGCUUCUUCAGUUAAUUUUAACUUAACUUUAUCACGACAAAUGAGCACAGUGAAUGCAGUGCAGUCUCUCAUUGCUUACCCAGUGAACAGCACGUGUGUGAUUUUGACUUGGACGCUUUCACCUCAAAUAUAUGUGAUAACAUCUUUAAUUAUUGAGUGGAGAAACCUUAACAAAGAAGAGGAGAUGAAAUGGGUGCGAGUUCCUCCAAAUACUAGUAAAUACUAUAUUUAUGAUCACUUCAUUCUGAUUGAGAAGUACCGGUUCACCCUGUACCCCGUGUUUGCUGCAGGAGUUGGCAAAUCCAGAGCCACGGACCAGUUCACCAAAGAUGGAUAUGUCAGUCAGACCAGUUCUAGUUUCUACAUGGUUCUGCCAAUAGUUAUUUCAACCUCUGUGCUGUUGCUUGGAGCACUGCUGGUUUCCCACCGAAGAAUGAAGAAACUGCUCUGGGAAGAUGUUCCGAACCCCAAGAAUUGCUCAUGGGCACAAGGAGUUGAUUUUCAGCAGCCUGAAACUUUUGAGCAUCUUUUUGUCAAGCACCCUGAAGCAAUGUCAUUUGAGCCUCUUCUUCUGGAACCAGAAAUAGUGCUGGAAGACAUCAGUGUUAUUAACGCUUUGAAACAAGAAGACACGCAAGAUUUCUUAGCAAUUGAUUCCAUGUUGACAAAAACUGAAGACUCUGAGCAUGACUCUGCAUGUCCCAGCAGCCAUUUCAGUGGUUGCAGCUUCUCGGAGUGCUCCCCCAGUGCCCCGAUCACUGCAGAAACAAGUCAGUCCAACAUUAAGUAUGCCACUGUUAUCAGUAACUCUGGAUCAGGUGGGCUUUACGAACAGAAGAAGAAUCCCAGAAGUGGUUUCGAUAGGUGUUUUCUAGCUGAAGACCCCUUGGCUGCAGGUGCUUCCUCAGGUAGCUCCUGGGAGCUGGGAAAUGAGGAGUUCCUCCUGCUGCCUGACCAGGCUGGCAGCCGGCCCUGCAAGACCCUUUCCCUUAUCUCUUCAGAGGGAUUUUCAGAGCCUUCAGAUCAGGAUGAUGCUUUCACAGAAGGAAGUAGUCCUGAGCAAGGUCUCUGUUACCUAGGGAUAACAUCACUGGACAAAAGAGAAAAUGACAUCUUUUUAACAGAAAGUUCCAGAUUGAUGUGCCAUUUCCAUACAGCUGAUCUACUCAGAGGUGUGGGGUUUCUUCAGAAUACACCUCCAAAUUUAAAUGCAUUUCUCCAGAGCAGCAUUAAAACCAUCGUGCCAUACGUGCCCCAGUUUCGGAUAACUGCUGCCAAGGUGCAAGAGACCACAGAGAACAGCUGUUAAGCCCUCACGCCUUAAUUUAAUGCUCUUUAUGGCUUUCUAAGUGUAGUGAGCUCGCCUGUCUGUAUGGAUGUGAGGAAGUCAGGUUGUUCCCAGGAGCCCUGCUGAGCUCAGCCAAAGGGUUUCAGCUGUGAGGAGGAUCAGGUCCUGCAUCCCAGUGGAACCUUCUGGGAUACGCAGGUAAACAAACCCACAGUUUUGCAAGCCAAAUAUAUUUUUUCUACUUUAUAGUUGAGAAAUAUUUUUGUAUACAUACUUUUUUCAAAGAUCUAUUUUGGAAAGCUGUGACAGAUGAAAAUAUUGUGUAUUCCAAAGCUAAAUUUAUGUGAAACUUACUUAGGCAAUGCAAAACACAAGGGCAAAAUUUAUCAACAACAAUAAAUAGUACAAGUGUGAACAUGUAUUAGUAAUAGGAAAUCUUGUGGAGCAAAAGGGACCAAAGCAAGUACAUAUUUGCACUUGAAGAAAAGCUUUGCAGAAAGCCCAUGCUGCUCCUUCUCAAACAAACUGCUCACCUGGCUCUUGCUGGGUGUUUCCAUCUCGGGUGCUGAAUGUGACACAAAUGUAAUGUACUGGUGCAAAAAACACAGUAUGUAGGAGGCAGCUGACCAGAACUCAUUGCUUGGAAGCAGGACUGAAGGAAAAGCCUCAAGUCUUGAAAAGGAGGCUGUAGGGUGCAGCGGCCCUGUGGCAGAUGCCACAAAGGCUGACUUGUGGCUGCUCAGCUGGAACGAACUGUGCUUUGGAAGGUGGCAGCAAGAGUGACACAAAGCUGCAGUUAGCAACCAGGAGAAUGCUAAACUUAGAAUCCACCUGAAGAAAGAAAUUCCGUGCUGCUGGUGAACCUGAUGUGGCACAGCUUCAAUGUGCUGGGAGUGAGCUGUGCACCGCCCUGGGUGUGGAUUCUGCUCUGUCCUCUGUCCUGUAGAUUUGGCACCUGGCGAGGCCAUGAGAUGGGCAGAGUUCUGCUGCCCGCCUCCCUCCUCAGAGACUCUGCAGGGAUUCUUUGUGCUGCAGCUGAAUUUUGGGUAGACGACCCAGAUUUUUGUGCUUCAGCCAUCUGCUCUGCUCUACCUUGGGAUGGGAAGGCACCAGGAUUGCUUGAGAUACGGUUUUGUCACUGCUGCUGCAGUACAGCUGUGCCUCCUCUGCCUGGAGGAACACCUCCCUGCCUGCUGCAGAUCUCUCAGCUGGGAAGUGAGCAGUGCAGUGAAGCUCUCUGUAGACCAGAAUAAUAAAGGCAUGGUUCAUCACGAGCCUUGAGUCCCUUUAAUUCUGCUUCCUGCAAAGUUUUCUUUCUUGAGAAAUAGAAAUUUACAUUGAUUUUAUCACUGACCACUGUUAGCAAGUGCUCAUCCACUAACCAAGGACAGGAGCAGUACAAAGCAAGGUAGCAGUCCAUGGGGUGAGCCCCGGGGGCUUUCCUGGGCUCCAGGGAUGGGACAGCUUUCCUGGGAUGGGCACAGGGGAGGGCAGAAGAUCCUGUCCCCUUUAUGCAGCGCUGGUGUGGCUCAGAGCUGGAGGCAGAAGAUGCUCUCUGCACAGAGGUGAGAGGAUAGCAGUAGAAUUCUAUUUCUGGGAGCCCAGCCUGUCCUGAAUGCCUCACUGCUGUCCCUGUCACUUUAUUUCCUGAUGGCUAGAGCAAGUGGUGCUCCAUAAAAAGCCAAAGUUAUGGUAUGUCAGCAAAAGAAAACAUGUGAUGUAUAAUUAGUGUAUGAGCAAGCAAUUUAACCCCAGGUGCAUUUCCUAAAGCAGUCUCAGCCUAUGCCUCCAGCUCCCAUGGUGCAGGUGAGCCUGGGUCCUGAGCAGUGUGUGUCUGUUUGUAAAGCUGCCUCUGGCAUCUCCCCCUACACCAAAGGGACCUUUACUGCUGCUCUCAGCCUUCCUUCCCAUCAGUGUCCAGCCUGUCCUGUGCCCCUCAUCUGCUACCUCUGUGCUGCCUGGGGUGUCUAAGGUGGUCUAAGGCAAAGAGUGUUUGGGAAGCUGAGCAGAGCUGGGGCAGCUUUUUCUCACCAUUACUCUCUCUCAUUUUCAGGUCAACUUUUGUUUAACAGAGCCAAAUGCCUCCUGUGCCACAUCAGAUUGCAGGGAUUUUAUUCUGUGUGCAGCAGCCUUCUGUUUCACUUUAUGCAGGAGCAGAAUCCCAUUUGCCCACUGCAGGAUGUGACAGUAGUAGCAGCAGCUGUCUGGGCUCAGGCAUGUUGAGAGAUGGCUGUGGAAGCACACCUGGGCAGCUGGGUUGGGCUCCUCCUGAUCCACCUCUGCCUUUGCUGCAAGGAAUUCUGUGUCAGUUCCCCUCGUGUACACUGCCAGUAAAUGGGUCAUUGUGCAGCUUUUUCCUCUAUGCUUUUUUGCCAUGGAUCCAUGGCAAGGAAAGGCCUUUUCAGUUUAGGCAGGAAAAGCAAUUAGGAGGAGCCACGUGCAGCUUCAGGAGUACAUAUUAAGCUCUAACAUUCACCUCUUGCAAAUUAAUUUUGAAGAGCAUUCAAGAGCAUAGCUCAUUUAUCUAAGAAAAUGAAUGGAGAGUGUUGCCAUUCCUUUUACAGGUCAUUUGCAGCCAUAAUUAAACACCCUUUUUUAGCACGAUUGAUGUGUGAAGCAGCAAGGAAUUGUUUCCCAUUUUGUACAGCUGUAGUUUGGUGUCUGUUGUUGAGUCACGCUCCGUCUCACCAGCCUCAGUUCUCCCAGUUUGUGUAAAACAGGCCCUGUGUUUUUCUUUUCCGCUUGCAUAAACUGCAAACUAAUUUCUGAAUGUAGCUUUCACUGCUGGCGCUUUCGCUUCUGGAACAUCAAUCAUUCUGUGAUCCUGUGAUAAUUUACAGUGAUAGUUUCCAGCUGAAGCCGAAACACAGCCUUCUACCAGUGUCAGAAGGAUGUUCGUUGCUGGUGCCAGCACUGAAUGGGGGUCUGGCUGACUGCACACAGUGUGCCAGCCCAUCCUGCCCCUGCCUGCAGCUCCCUGGGGGGGAACGUUGGCCCCAGGCUGUUACUUACACUGGGAAACUGCGUGGAGCAGCGCCUUGCAGCUCACUGGGUUGGGACACGGGGAGGGCAGAGCUGCAGUGCGGGAUGUGACUUUGCGUCACAGCUUCCCCCCUCCCUGCGGUCACAGCUGAGGAUGGUUUGGGACAGAGGAAGGAGUGCUGUAGCAUCAGGAACUUCUGCCCUAUACAGGAUGAGGGCGAAGAGAGUGAACAAAAAUCCCCUGCCCCAGAGCAACCUGACAACUAAAAGCAUUAUCUGGCGGUGAAUCACAUCUGCUGAUUAUAAAGGCUUUUUCUUUAUGACUGUGAGCGUUCUCUGAGCAAAAGAGAGCCAGGGCCCAGGGCUGGGCGCAUGGAGCAGCUCCAGUGUGUGGCACUGUGGCAGCAGGGUGCAGGAGGGGUGCAAGCAGGGUGCAGGUGGGCUGCCCUCAGCUCGAGAAAUCUGUUAGAUUUAAAAAUACAAAAUGGAACAGUGUGUGCUUCCAACUGUUACCCAGGGUGUGCUUCUGCUGUGGAUAUUCCACUUCCUGCAUUCCCUGUUGCAGAAGACCUCAUUAAAAUGCAGGUUUCUACUCCAUCCUCCAUCCUGUUGCUCUCCCAGCAACAGGAGUUAAUUUUGUCCAUCUGCAGUGCAAUCAUAGGGCCCGAUGUGCAGAGAUUUCUCUGCCGUGUGCUGGCAGAGCCCUGGUUCCCUGUGCCUGACCUCACACCCCCUGCUCCCACGGAACCACAGAAUGCUUUGGGUUGGAAAGGACCUUUGGGCCCACCCUGCCCCGCUCUGCUUGGUUUUGGCAGGCAUCAUUAAAAAAAAAAAA